AUGAUCGUGAAUGCUUCAAAGUUGCCAAAAGAAGAAUUGUCAGAUUUGCUAAAUCCCAAUCAAAAAAUUGUUUAUAUAACAGUGACCAACUAUGUAACAAGAUAUGUUUCAUUGACUCUACAAGAACCAACAAGUUUACCGUCAUCACAAUCUAAGCAAGUUCUUCCUUCUUCUUUUACAGCAAAUCAAGCAACCUUAUUCACUUCACCACUCAUGGAAUUACCAUCACCAUCGUCAUCACCGCAGUCUCCUACGACCAUAGUAUCAGAAAUUAUUACACCAACGACAACAAAUAGCCACGUACAAAAAUUUGCCGAUUCCGUUGUUCCUGUCGAAUAUACUACUUCUAAUGCUGACUUAUUUACAUUUUCCACUCCAACGUCUUCAACUAUCGACUACAUUUCUACUUCUGGUACUGUUACACCUACUGGUACCACCACCGACACCAACACUCAUCUUUCAAUAACCACCGAUCAAAAUAAUCCUCAUACAACUUUGAGUGAAAAUCAAUUAAAAUCGAUAAUAGUCGGCAAGAAAUACAGCUCGACUUUAACUUCAUCAAAAGUAAAAGCAACAUCGAUACAAGCAACAACAACAACUAAUAUAAAAUAUAAUAUGGCAAGAAAGAAAUUAACAACUCGUUUAAAGGUUACAACAGCUUGUGGAAAUUGUCAAAAACGUAAGAUUAAAUGUUCUGGAGAAACGCCUUGUAGUUAUUGUGUUAAAAUAAAUAAACCAUGUUUACCUGGUAAGCCUGGUAAAAAACGUGGUCCUCCUCCUGGCACUGAAGUCAAUAAAAACCGUAAAAAGUUUAUUAAUACAAGUUUCUCUCAAUUCAACAAUUCUUAUCAUUAUCAACAACGUCAUGUUGUUAAUUAUUCUCCUGAUUGUGGUCAAGAUUAUGAUGACAUUAAUAUUAAUAAUAAUCCACGUGAUUGCAUAAUUGCACCAAAUUCAGAUGAAAACACAGAAAAUAUAACAAAAAAGAUAAUUGUUAGAAAUAAUAAUGAUAUCCCUUUAAUCAAACCAAUCCCAAUUUAUCCACAAUCAAACACAAGUACUGUUAUUGUCAACAGUUGCCCAAACAAUUCGUUAUUAGAGGAAGAAAAACAAUCAGAUGAAAUUGAAAAAGAUUCGUCGUCGAUAUUUAAAAAAUCAAAAUCAUCAACAACAAAUGAAAAAUCACCAAUAUCUGGUUCUAAUAAUCGUAAUAGUGAUAAUCAACAAUCAAGAAUUUCAAUCAUAUAA